CGCGGGACCGAGACCCGGUGACCCUCGGCGGCGGCGGCGGCGGCGGCGGGGCGGCGGGGCGGCGGGUGGGUCUGUCCUCUCGGGCGCCACGGGGACGUGCGCGCGCCCUCGGCCUCGCGCCCCGCCCUCCCGUCCUCCCCGCGCCGCCUCCCAGCGCCAUUCCCCGAGUCCCCUUGUCCCGACCAUGGAGGGUCUGGUGCUGCGCCCCGCCAAGGACUACCGGGUGGUGCUGCUCGGCAGCGUGGCGGUGGGCAAGACGGCGCUGGCCACGCAGUUUGCGUGCGGCCGCUUCCCCGAGCGCUGCGAGCCGUCGGUGGAGGAGCUGUUCAGCAAGGUGAUCGAGGUGAACCGGACUCCCGCGCUGCUGGAGAUCGUGGACACGGUGGGCGCCGAGCACCUGGUCACCCUCAAGGACCUGUACAUCAGGAACAGCGACGGCUUCGUGGUGCUCUACAGCGUGUGCAGCGAGGCCUCGUUCCAGGCCGUGCGGCCGCUGCGCGAGCGCAUGGGCCGGCUGCGGGGCUCGCGCGCCGUCCCGCUGGUGCUGGUGGGCACCAAGGUCGACCUGGACGCCGAGCGCCAGGUACUGACGGCCCAGGGCCGCGCUCUGGCCCGAGAGUGGCGAUGCCCGUUCCUGGAGGUCACAGCCAAGAGCAAGAUGAUGGUGGACCGCGUGUUCACGCAGGUGGUGCGUGAGAUGGAGGCCCUGGCCCCGCCGGCGCAGGAGGCUCCCCGCAUCCCGAUCAACGCCCUGGAGUUGUGGCCGACCGAGAGGUUCAUUGGCUAGCGCGUUGCGGUCGGCUGGUUCAGUGCCUUUCCCGAGAAAGUUACCGAGAAUCGUAACAAGUGGCUGCUUCUAUAUAUUCAUCCCAAACGGUGCUUCAAUCUGCCUACGUGUCUUUCUUCAAUGUUUGGCAAAAACUUGGUAACCUCCCUCCGUUGACCUCCGACUGUGCUAUAAGAAGAAACCAAAAAUGGCCUUUUUCUGUAAAGAGAAUUUACAGCUCUGUUCUUCAAUCAGCUUGUUUCUGGACUCUCACCCCCCCACCCCACCCCCCACCCCCGCCUAAUUUUUGUAAAUAGCAACUUGAGAGCUUUGGAUUGGUUGGGGAGUCAGCACUAAAGACAAAUUUUCUUCAGUUGCAGGAGGGUUUUCUCUCUCCUUUUUCAGCCUUGAAUCCAGCAGUAAGAUUUUCCUCAACACGAAUUCCUAAAUAUAGUUAUGACUUGUGCCGGGUCGGUUUGAAAGGGGAUACUGUAUGGAGGACAACUGUGCACACACGAAGCUGGCUCAGCCCUACCUUGUAAUUGACAGUUAGCUGGUUUCUACAUCCCUGCAUUGGAAAUAAAAUUAGAAGCUGGUAAUUCUUAACAUG